UGUUCGUGGAGACUUGGAGAGUGUCGUGGAUAUAGUAUCUUUUUACUUUUUUAGUCGGUAAAAAAAAAAAACAAGCUUCAUGCUAUAGUGCACAGUAGAGAUAAUACAAAACAAACAGUUCUCGAUUUGUAAUUGUAAAUAUUUAUUUUCACAAUUGAGAAUUUACGAAGUGUUUAAGUCAGAAAUGGAAACAAACCUGAAAAUUUUCCUAGAUCAAAAUAAUCAUCACAAAGUAAAGAUGGAAAUGGGAGAAGAUGAUGAUAGCUAUGAAAAAGGAAACUCAUUUGAUUUGGAUUUUCAGUACACAACUGAUGGGGGGCAUAUUGAGGAUAAAAAGACUGAAAUCAUUGAAAUUGUUCAGCAUUACACUGAUGAUAAUGGAAUAAGAUCAUCUUUGAAAUAUGAAACAGGCGAGUUUUCUUUCAACCAGAAAAGCAAUCUCGAAGGACAUAUAGAUGCUGUACAUUUGAAUAAAAGGGAACAUGAAUGUCUCUUAUGUGAGUUUGCAGCCAAUCAGAAAGAGCGGAGACCGAAGCUGAAACGUCUACAACAAAGAGGAUAUUGCGAACAACUGAAAUGAAGACCUCUAAGAAUAAUGGUAUACAUACUGGCGGACAGACAGAAAUUCUAUUAUAAAAGAGAAGUGCUAAGUGGACGAUGUGGUCAGAUGUAUAAGGAAGAGGCGGAGAGAGUGGAACCAGCAUGAGGACAGAAUGAGCCUAGACAUGGCUAAGAUCAUCAGGGACAACAAACCCCUCGGAAGAAGACCCGUUAGAUGACCACCAAAGCAAUUGUGAGAUAGCUGGCAAUCCACGUCACAGGAGACAUACACCAGAGAAAGCAGGCGGUACGUCUUCUCAAGAAGAAGAAGAAAAUGAAGACUUGCUAAUUUCAUAAUUUUUUUGAGAAAUAAUUUCCAUUUUAUGAGUUAUUUUAGUAGAUUUCUUAUGAAAACAAUGUACAGUAAAUAAACUCUCGUAAAAUACAA